GACUCAAGGUGACUCAGUCCCUCAGUGAAGUCUUCCUCGCUGCCAGUAAAGAUGGUGUUAUGGAGAAGCAGGACUUUGUGGAAGUGAUGUCUUCUCCGUACUUCCUCCGGAAGCUGCAGAGUGUUGCAAACAUGCCGGUUCAGGAUAUGCUGCGAAUGUUCGACUGGCUGGAUGUGAACCAGCAGGGCAGCAUCAACCAAGAAGAUUUCAUGGCUGGCUUCGACUGCCUGAAUGAAGCGGUGACUGGAAAGAGCCUCUUGAAGCUGCAAACCACGGCCAGGCAUCGAUGCAGAAAGAUUGAGAAAAGAGCCGCAGCCUUGCGCUCGGAGAUUAGCUCGGCGGAGAAUACGCUGCUGAAACGUUCAGAGGAAAUGGAGGGGAGUCUCAAUGAAGUGCUACAGCGCAUUGAGGCUGAAACUGAGCGUCAGAGCCGUGCAAGUGAAUGGAUUGAAAUGCAAUGCAUGGAGAUGAAAGUUCAGAUCACGGCCUAUCGACAGCAGGUGGGCAUGAGUAGCGAUCCUACGGGCUCAAGGACACCCGAAACUUCAGGAAGGAAGUCACCUUCGAAAUCGUCUCCAUCGAGGGGGACUCAUUUCUUGUCGACUAUUGCUACUGCAGCGAGCAAACUGUCGUUGGGCUGGCAAUCGAGCUGGCGAUCAAGUUCAAACAAGACCUCCAACUGAGCGCAGCUGUCGCCGCUGUCGCAGCUGUCGCAUGUCGUGUGAUGGUCUCGUGGUCCCUGUGCCAUCAGAUGCCAUGGUGAUUGGAUGUGGUGAUAGCUUUUUGGCGUGUGUUUUCUUAGUGAGAUUUAAUGGAAACUGGACAGGUCCAGUUGUGCUAGUGCUAAUGAUCGAGUGUCGCUUUCAGGCGCCUUGACGAGUUAAUGCAUUCGAUCGGAGCUGACAAAUGCCACUUGGGCUCCAGACACAGAACCUGCUCAAAUUUCUUUGGA